UCUAUUAUGCCCUAAUGCUAAACUUCUAGGGUUUUAUAGUCCACAUCCUUCGUGUUCGGGCAAGAAGGGGAGGGAAGACCCAAUUUUGAACCUCAAAUUCGCAGAUCAUUAAUCACUGACGCGAUUCUUCUCGCUCAGAAUUCACCGUUCAUUUGCUGCAGAAAUCUGGUUUUGGAGCAGUCUCCGUGUUUCGACAUUCUGGUGAUUAUGGAAGCAGAUUAUGGAAAGGAUUGCACCAAAUUUGAGAAGAGAGACAAUCUUUCAGUUCCCUCUGGUUUUACAUCCCUGACAUCUUUUAUUUUGAAAAGGGUGGAAAUGUUAAGAAAAGUGAUAAAUCUACAACCUUUUGAAUUGCAGUAAUUGUGAGAAUGUAUGUACCUUUCACUUUUCCUUGAACAGUCAUGACUAUGUCUCUUUUUUUUUGUUUGUUUAUCAAAGUCUUGACCCAGGUAACAGCAAGGUGGCAUCCUAGGGAUGCACCAUAAGAGAAGUUUUGGAAGAAGCUCCUAUUUUCCACCCAACAGAAGAGGUACCUACCACCCAACAGAAGACGUGUACAUGGAAACACUCUUCUGUUUUCAUGUACACUUCUUGAUUUAUGUCAUCAAAUGUGGAUUCUUAUGAUUGUUAAGAUUGUAGAAUAAAAUGUUUGAGGAAUUGUGCACAUUAUGAAGGAAUUCAAAUACCCACUUAAAUAUAUUGCAAGCAUAUGUUCCAGAUCAGAACCUUAUGGAAUUUUCCAUAUUGUCCCUCCUACUUGCUGGAAACCACCAUGCUCUCUUGAGAAAAAGAACAUAUUGGAAAAGUCUGAAUUUGUUGCUCAGAUUCAGCGAAUUGAUGGACACCAAGUUCAGCAUGCACAAGAAACUAUGGCUAGUGCUCAUGGAAAUACAAAAACCAAGAGAAAAAGAGAUGUAAAAGUAGCUUUAGACUCUCAGCUUGGUAAUAGAAACACCAGCAUUCCAAAUAACCAGAAUGUUGAAAAAUGUGACUGUAAGUCUGAACCUGGUCCUAAAUUCAGUCUCAAAGCAUUUAAGAAAUAUGAUGACAUAUUUAAGAGCCAGUACUUCAGUUACAAGGAUAAUAAGAAGAUUGUAGGUUCCAAUAUAAAAUUAGCCAUACGUCAGCUGUGGGAACCAUCUGGGGAGAAUAUUGAGGGUGAAUAUGGACGGAUUGUUCAAAAUCCAACUGAAGAAAUCAAGGUGCUUUGUAGUAACACUUUGGAGGCUGGAGUUUUUAGCAGUGGAUUUCCGACAGUUUCUGAUUCUGUGGAGGCAUACACUUACCCUGAAAAUUUGAAAUCCGGAUGGAACUUGAAUAAUAUACUUUCACUGUCAGGUUCCCUUCUUUGUUUUGAAAGCUCUGAAGCUUCACGUAAUUUUCCCCCCAAUAUUCACGUGAGAAUUCGCUUCUCUCCACUCAACAGGAAAGUUGAAGAGCACCACUUGUACUCAUUAUCUUACGUGCAUUUGGGUGAACCAAAAGUGUGGUAUGACAUCCCAGGAAGAUUUGCUGCUAACUUUGAAACAAUUUGGAAGAAGUAUCUCCCAGAUUUGCAUGCAGGACAGCCUGAUAUGCAUGAUAAUAUGGUGAUGCAGCUAUCAUGCUCCAUAUUGAAGGCAGAGGGUAUUCCUGUAUAUCGCUGUGUUCAGUAUCUUUGUGAGUUUGUUCUUGUCUUUCCUGGGGCAUAUCAUUCAGGAUUUGAUUGUGGCUUCAACUGUUCUGAAGCAUCUCGCAUCCAGAGUGAAAGUUUGAAGAGGAAAUUUCUUUACACUUCUUUGGUAUCACAAAGAAUGGAUGAAAAUUUUGAUGCCACUUGUAAAAGGGAAUGUAGUAUUUGCAUUCGUGAUUUACACGUCUGCUGUAGGUUGUUCAUGUUCAAACAGCUUUUGUUCUUGCACUUGGAGCAACAAAACUCUCUUCUACCGUUACGAAAUCUGUAAUUUGAAUGUUCUUUGUCAAGCUUUGGAUGGGAAAUUAAGUGCAGUCUUUAAAUGGGCCAAAGUGGAUCUCGGAUUAACUCUAAACUCUGUUGCCUCCAAGAGAUCAAAAUGAAGCUCAGAAAACAUAAGUGGUUCAACCCACCCUUUGCAGGACUUGCAGAUGAAAGAACCUAUAUCGCAGACAGCUUCGGGUGAAUCCUCAAAGGGGAAACAAAGUCAAUUGCAAGAUAUAUUGAAUUCAUCAAACAGGAAAGAAAAUGAAGUCGUUCCAAAUUCAUCAAAGAAAAAAAUGAGGUGAUUCCAAAUUCAUCGAAGAAACAAAAUGCAGUGUUUCCCAAGUUGUGCGGACUUUUCUGGUGGCACUCACAGUAGUUAUGACAUUCAUUCAAAAACGAAGACAACUUUACUUCAGUCAACCCUUGCAGAUGAUAAGAAAGGAAUGAAUUCUAUUGGCGCCGAAAUUGAUACGAAGACACUUGAGCAUAAGUUUACAAUUUCAAAGAAAGUAGGAGAUCCAAAAGUAUCUAAAGUUCCUUCAGUUACAAACUUGCGUUACAUGCCUUUUCUACAAGACAAUGUGUUAGUUGGUGUUUCAUCUGAUAGUUCGAGCACAUCUAUGUUGUCAGAUUCGGAAGAUGCGCAAGUAGCUAAUGGUUAAAUUUUCAUAGCAGAAAGAUGUUAAUAGUCUUUUUGUAGGUUUAUGUGUAGGAUAACUAUUUUUUCUUGCAAAGAUUGGCACUGGAAAUUUGGACGAUACAUCCAUCGUACUAUCGUAGUAUAUAGUUAUAUAGUUACAAAAAGAAUGGGCUGUAACCCAAUGUUCUUCAACAGUUGAUAAGAUCCAACACUAUUUUGGCAAGUAGACUGAACGGUAUACCCAUUGAUUCAUUUUGUAUCAUGAGUUUUUCUAGUGUCA